AUGGAUGAUGAUGACGAGGAGGAGUUCCCAAACCUCCCUCCACUCAACCGUUUGAUGAGAGGCCAAGGGAAGCCACCCUUUUGGUUUCAUUUGGACAGUCAAGACCUACCAGCUUCCGCAAAGCUUUGCAACAAAGUCUUCAAGUUGAGCGCACAGGCAGAGGUCCUGAGGAUUCGUCCAGACAAUCACAAGGACAAAAAAGAAAGAUCGAACUGUGACUAUGCUCACAAGUGGAAGCAGCUCAGGCACUCUAUCUAUCAUCGCAACGGAAAGCUUCCCCAUGAUGCCCCUGAGUACCUCAAGGUCUUUCAGGCGGUUGAUUGGGGAUCUGGCCAUGGCGAAUCUCCACGCUUUGAAAUUCCGUUUGAAGAGACAUACCCAACUAAGGCCACCAAGGCAGUUCACAUGAUGGUGUGUGAACCCGAAAAGUUUGAAAAAGUGACUAGUCAAUUCAUCAAGCAAGGGAAGCUGUCCCAGAAGGAUCUUCCAAACGAAAGCUGGGGAGCUGUGAGUGCCAACUUGUGCUACCACUUCAGCUUGAAAGAUGAGAAGUGCCCUCACUGGCAAAAUUGCCUUUUCUUGCACGUCUCUGCCAGCAGAUUGCGAGAGCAGUUCAAGCUCUACAGAUGCAUGUGCGGUCCAAACGACGGCAUUUGCAAAUACGGGAAGGCUUGUAUGUAUGCGCACAAGCAGAAGGAGCUGACUGUACCACCGGAGUUCGAAGAUCCUGCUUAUCCGGACAGCACCAACAGCCGCACAUUGUCUUGCACCAAUCGUGAAACCGGACUUGAAGUCUCCUUUGCGAUCGAAGAAAGGUACAUUGCCAAUACCUCCCGGAAGUCUGACAGCCGUAUGUGUACACAGACGCACGACUGGUGCAACAAGAAGGAUUGCCCUCAUGGCGUUCACAUCACCUCGGAGGGUUGGGCUUGGCUGCUUGCGAAAGGCUGCAAAGGUGCUCCCCAGAGCCCACCAGCAUACUUCCAAGAGAAGGUGUCAAAGCUCUUGCGAACUCGUCAUAAGAUAGUGAAAAAAGCAUCGCUUGAAACCGCACCAAACGCUUGGGGUCAAAGCCAGGUGCCCGCUUCCACCCUAGGUGCCCAAGAUCUACAGGCUCCACAGGCUCCACAGGCUCCACCAGAUCCACCAGAUCCGCAGGGUCAGGUGCCUCCAGAGCCCUUGUUGGCCAUUUCGAGACGCUGGAAGCGACAAGCACGGCCAACUCAUGCAACGGCAGCGGAAAAACCCACUCCGCCCUACGCGGAUGCCAUCUUUGCGUACGAGGAGUUGGAUCCGGGCCUCGAUCAGGUUGAGGUCGCCUCGGAAGGUCCACCACCGACUACUCCUCACGACGAUGAGGAGGACCUGUCUCUGACGUAUUUGGACUUGCUCGAGAUCCCUCCGUCCCGCCUCUGGCAGGCACAAAGGAAGAGCAAGAAGGACAUUGACUUGGACGACAGAGUGAAGGACGCUUUGGUGGAGGCUUGGAAUGAUGGCCAAUCGCGCCGCUUCAAGGAUGACUACCGGCAAUGGCUGGCAAGUGGGUCCAUGAAUAGCUCUUUCCUAAGAGAUGGACACGUCUACUUCCACCAUACCCUAAAGAUUGGGGAAGGAGCAGCAGCCGAAGUCUUUCUGGGCAUUGUGCCGUCUGAUGGUCGUGAGGUGGCUGUAAAGGUGUUCCGAGAACAGGAGUUUGGAGAAAAACACUUCAAUGUCGAGCGUUCAAGUAUGAAAGAGCAUUCAGCAAUGCCAGGCAUUGUGCAGUACAUUAGCUCCUUUCAGCAAGAGAUGGUUGACAACAUGGGCCGGCCAAUGUUCAAGAAAGUGGUUGUUCUGGAGCUGAUGGAAGGUUCCCUGGCUGAUGCGAUGGCAAGAUGGAGGGAGAAGGAAUGGGUUGGCAAAGCAGCCCACUUGCAAGUCAUUCGGUAUGUAGGUGCCAGCAUGCUCUACACAUUGUCAAGGCUGAACUACGGAGCAAUCAAGGACUUGGUUCACCGUGACGUGAAGCCUGACAAUAUCAUGAUUGACCAUUUGGGUGCCAUUAGGCUCGGGGACUUUGGUAUCUCAAAGAUUCUAGAGAAGACCAGGGAUGCAGCAACACUCUCCUCUGGGGGACCAGAGGCGUUUGCUUCCCCUGAAGCCUUACAGGAAGGUAGCAGCGUCAGCAAAGCGCACCGGACGAGCGAUCUCUAUUCACUGGGCAUGGUCCUCUUCUGCAUGAUGUCUGCUCAGCCUGGUGGCAAAGGUCUUCCUCGAGAUUUUCAGAGCCAGAUGAGUUUCUUGAAGAAUCAAGUUCCUGAGCAAUGGCCAAGCUAUCACUCCUUCGCUUUUCAGCAUUUGAUGAAGGCACUGCUGGAACGUGAGCCGAGCAAGCGGGCCUUCAACAAGGGCCUCCCGAAAGGGAUGACACCCCAUCGCGUGGUCUUGACUCAUCCAUUUUUCUGGUCUGCCCGCAAUGGCUUGCGCUUCUUGGUGACCUUGGGCAACUAUCCCCUCAGCAGUGAGCAGAACUCGGCACUUCUGGGAGCCGAUUUGACCUCCUUCCGCACUUUGAAGCAAGCUCUGAAAGAGUCCAUUGGUGGGGACUCAUGGUUUGUGAAGGUCGCAGACUUAGAACAGGUUGACCCGCAUGCCACGGAUGACCGUCUCAAGAAGAGUCCCUUCGGCCUGCUCAAAUUCAUUCGGAACAAAUGUAUUCAUUUGAACGAUUCGAGCAUGAACCCAGAAAUCAGACGGAAAUUGCAACAAAGGCCUGUCUUUCAAGAGCGAUUUCCAGAACUGGUGGUCCGCUGCUGGGAGGCAUUGCUUUUGGAUUCCAUCGAUAACAUCCUUAUGUUCAUGCAGCAUGCACAACUGCGUGAAUUCUUCGAGCGCCCAAUCGAGCUGGAAAGCUUCCGUGGGGAGCCGAAUGACUGGAUGUGA